AUGGGGUGCGGUGCGAGUCGCCACCGCCUUCCUGCCGUGGUCCCGGCCGCUGCGGGGCCUGGGCUGCAGCACGCGCCAUCCAAGGGGCGGAGCACGGCGACGGCGGGCCGUGACGACCUCGAGAACCCGUACGCGCCGAUUCCGGUGCAUUCGCGGCUCAGAGACUCCUCGAUGACCACGGAGGACUUCAUACGGAAGCUGCACGAGAGCGUGGCCAUGGAGCGCGCCCUCGAGGGGCGGCUCGAGUCGGUGAAGGAGGCGGGGCCGUCCGCGACGCCGUCCGUCCGCGAGACGGAGGCGGACCGCAACCUGUUCCUGCGGCCGCACGCGGGCGCCUCGGCGCGCCCGGGGAGCUCCGGGCGGCCGGGGUCUUCGGCGCACGGGGCCUCGGGCGCUGGCGCCGCGUCGCCCGGCGGGCACGGCGGCGCGACCCCGCACGACGGUUCGAUCAUCAUGGACAAGGCGGACCUCAGCUGGGGCCGCGACUCCGCGGGCCACCUCAUGUUCAACGAGUUCAUUGUGCUUGGCAACUUGGGGGCGGGCUCGUUCGGGAAAAUCCGACUGUGCAUGGACCUCAAGGCGUACCAGCUCGUAGCCAUCAAGAUGGUGAACAAGGCGCACCGGCAGAAGGUCCGCGGGAUGCUCGGCAAGGGCGGCGACGCGCGCGCCGCUCUGCAGCGCGAGAUGGCGGUCAUCAAGGCUCUGACGCACCCGUCGAUCGUGAACGUGCUCCAGUUCAUCGACGACCCGAGCAAGGACCACAUGCUGAUGGUGCUCGAGCACGUCGAGGGCGGCGUCGUGCAGCACCUGGGCGCGGACGGCCGGGCGGUCCGCCUGGUGGAGCAAACGGCGCAAGAGUACUUUCGGCAGCUGGUCGGGGCGGUGGAGUACCUGCACGUGAACGGCGUGGUGCACGGCGACAUCAAGCCGGACAACCUGCUGCUUUCCGCGCAGGGCCGCGUCAAGCUGAUCGACUUUGGCUCGAGCGUGGUGCUGCCGUCGUCGGGCGACGACACCAUGCAGCGCACGUACGGCACGCCGGCGUUCUGCGCGCCGGAGAUCGCGCGCGGCGAGGCCUUCUCCGGCCGCGCCGCCGACCUCUGGGCGCUCGGCGUCACGCUCUACCACUUUGUGUUUGCCGACCUGCCCUUCAAGGGGCCCACGACGUACGCCACGUACGCCGCGAUCGACGUGGACGACCUGGUGCUGCCCGCGGACGUCGAGGUGUCGCACCUCCUCCGCGACCUGCUCGAGCGGAUGCUGGAGAAGGACCCGGCGAAGCGCAUCACGCUCACCGGCAUGAAGCAACACCCGUGGGUGCGCGAGGGCGGGCCGGCGCACCACGACGCGGCGGGCGGGGCGUCGUACGCCCCGGUCAAGGUUUCCGAGGACGAGCUGGCGGCGGCCGUCACGUCGUACGUCCAGUGGGACAUCAAGGAACACAUCGCGGGAUUCCAAGAGCGCGUGUUCGAACGGGGGGAGUAUUUGUUCCGGGAGGGAGAGGUCGGCGACAGCAUGUUCUACAUCGUCGAGGGCGACGUGGACAUCGUGCGCUGCUCGCGCGUCCCCCUGCGGGCCUCCACAGGCCUCCCGCACUUGCGCAGCCUGCAAGCGGUGUCGCAGGUCGAGGCCGCACCGCGGCGGGCCGCGUACGCGCGAAACGUGGUCAGCGAGCGGCUCGAGGACGCGGAGCCCGUGGCGCCGAACUGCCCCGUCGCCCCACCGCCGGCACCCCCAAGCCACAGGCCGAGUAGGCUGUCGCUCCCGUCGCUCUCGCUGCCGCCAGACAGGCAGGCCCCUGAGCCGGACAGCGACGAGGUCAGCCUGACUCCGCACCACAAGAUGUUCAUCGGGGGCGACCAUGGGGAUGCGUCGAGGGAGAGCGCGUCACCCGCGCAACAGGCCUCUGCGCGAGCAGAGGGGAGCGAUGUGGCCGAGGGGCCGGGCCGGGGCGCAGAGUCCGACCACAGCCAGGCGGACCGUGCCUCGGUGGUCUCGAGUCUCAUCGGAAGCGUGCAGGGCGACAUGGACGACGUGUACAAGCACGACAGGAAGGACGCCGGGGCUCGCACGAGGGGGUCGCACCGGCGCACCUCGAGUGCGGGGACCCCGUGCGUCGGCACGAGCGCGGUCGAGGCUCCGGAAGGCGGCGUGCCAGCGGGGCCCGCUGCGGGCCCUGGGCGUGCCGUGCGCGACAACGGCCGCAGCGGUGGGCCUUGCGCGAGCGACUGUGUGGCGGGGGCGCAGGAUGGCGGGAGUGAGGCGCCCGGCGAACAGCCCACCACGACAACGCCACUGCAGCAUCCGAGGCCCGUUCUGGUGAACGAGGACCCAAUGUCGGGCUCAGGUCAAGGAAACAGCAACAACCUCGACCUGGAUGCGCGAGGCCGAUCUUGCUCCCCGAAGGCUUCGCCCCGCCGCAUGCGUCACUCCGCAUCGGUGGGUGCUUCCUUGUUCAGACGCGUCGGCUCGCUCUUCCCGCGCAUCGGGCCGUCGCGGAGCCUCCGCAGCCCACCAGCGCAGACACCGACUGGCAAGCGCUCGAUUCUCAGCGCGUUCUCAACGCGCAAGAUAUCCGUCGUGCCGAGCGACCCGAACGAGGCCACGGAGCGGAUGUCCCCGCAAGGCAGCGGCGACGACGACGCGGCGCAGUCCAUCUCGCGAGGCCCCCGGGGGUCUGAAACGGACCUGGAGGUGUCCCGCGGGCUCAAGUUCAACCGCGCGGACGUCAAGGACCUCGCAGCCGGCGACGACAGCGGCGACCCGGGCAUCGUGUUCCGCCGGAGAGACCUCGACACGUUCCUGCAGCUCAAAUUGAACAACCUGAUGGACCGCGGCGUGGACCAGCUGACGCGGUCGUCGUCGAACCCGUUCGAGCGCCGCCUGGCCUGCCACGCGGCGGGGUCGUUCGUCGGCGAGAUGGCCGUGCUGACGACGAGCAACGUGCGCACUGCGUCGGGGCGAGCGCGCACGGCAGUGCGGGCCAUUGAGAUCCCGGGCGUGAAGAUGCACAUGCUGUUCCAGCGGUACCCGGAGAUGCAGGGACAGCUGCAGCGCCUCCUCGCGAAGCGCAACGCCAGCCGCUCCAUCGCGGACGCGCUCGAGACGCUCGGGCGCAUCCACCAGGACAUUCAGCGCACCAAGCGCCGGCGGCGCGCCACGGUCGGGGCGCAGAUCACGCAGCAGUACCACGAGCAGGUGCUGCGGGAGCUCGAGAGCCAGACAUCCACGCAGAUGCCGCGCCUGCAGCGCAAGGCGUCGAAGGACAUCGUCAUCACUCGCGAACUGGCGUCCGCCGUGGGCUCUCCGCGGCCCAGCCGGGCGACAUCAGCACGUGGACUCGAGCCGCUGUACGAGCGCGCGUCCCUCGCCAGCAGGGGCACGCUGAGCCCGAACGUCUCGAAGCUGCCCCUGAUGCGGCAAAGCAGCGAGAGGGUAGCGCGGCGGUCGCUCCCGGCUGGCAGCGACCCGCUGGGCGCGACCUUCCCCGCCGCUCGGCUUCCCACGGUCGGAUCCGGCGAGAGCGUGAACCACGACGAGGUCGAGCGGGUGCCGUCCGCGGACGACCGGAGCAAGGCUGCGAGCCGUGGGGCCAGCUUCCUACGGUCCAGCCGGGGAGCGGCGGAGCUGCCCAGCAUCGCCGAAGCGGUGCCGGCAGCCGGGGUGCACGGGCUCAGAGCUUCGAGGUCGCGGCGCAUGUCGCGGCUGUCGUCGACUUCCGGCGCCCUGCUGUCGCCACGCGAGUCAAUGGACCACCAACGCUCCCACUCCCACUUGUGCCCGGUCAACCCGGUCACGCGCGCGGUGGUGCUGGACGGCCAUGGCAGUGGCAGCUUCGGCGACCUGCAGGGCUUGCCGCCCGUCAUGCUGAGGCCGUCGCCGAUGGCGCGAAAGACUCCCUCGUCGCUCCGCAUCUCCUUGGACCAAGGACCGGUUUCUGCGGACGGCGCCGGGCCGCGGAGACACAUUCUGCUCAGCAGCGAGUCAGGGACACGACGUACGGCCGAGGUCCCUGCUGUCACCGAGGUGGUGGACUGCCCUGUCCCGAACCAGGUGCCGGCGUAG